UCGUACAUCCCUACGCCCUUAUUUUUUGGAAAUAAUCUCCUAAUUCGAGAUUUAGUUUUCGAUACUUUUGAUAGUUUUAUAAAAUCCAGCGUUUUCAAAGAUUCCUACCUGCAAUUUGAAAAAAGUUUUGGUCUCCCGAAGGUUUCUAAAAACAUUUCAAACUUUCAGUACUUAGCGUUUUCAGUUCAUAGAAAUUUUCAGUACUAAAUUCAAGAAAACGUAGUAAAUUUUGUCUGUAUGCUGUCUAAAGUAUCUGUAUGUCUAAAUAUUUAAAAGCCGGCCCGUGUACCGUAUUCAUUUACGUAGCGGCUCUGUGAUACUAGUGGCAGUUAAUGCUUCGCAUUUUUUAUAACUACUGUACUAAAUCUUUGAUCUUCGUAAACAUUAGACGUGAAAAAAAUAAUUACCGUUCUGCGAUUUUGCCGUUUUAAUUUCGCGUUUCAUUUAGAUACGUAGAUAGGCGACAUGUGUUCACGCAGACCUAGCUGACUAUCGGAAGCCCCUAAACAAUAACUUUUAUUGCACCUAUUCAAAGGUGACUGUGUGAACGCAAUUCUGCUCCCUAUUUAGGUAUCUAUUUAGAAAAGCGUGCCGCGUUCACGCAUACUGCUAAGAAACCGGCCGUUUUGGGCGGUGUCUCAACAGAAAAACUGAUAGAUAGAAGUCAGCGUGAAUCCGGCCUAAGCCUAAAGACUGGUUUUGCAAUGGAAUGCACACUGUCAGCAGCAGUGUUUGUAUGCGAGAGUGCUGACGUCACGAUAGCCGUUCCCAGUCCUCUUGGCACUAUAGUAAGUUUUUGGUAGUACUUAUUACUUCAGCACUCGUACGAAGUACGUCUGGCACCAGUGGCAUGCGUUGAAACAGCGUGCCGCAUGGCAGGGUCGGUGUGACGUGUCAGCUGUUUGGGGAGGUGUGCGCUCUACGCGGUUCUGUGGAGAAAUCAUUUUCUAAAAUCUUGAAAAAGUGUUGACUUUGAGCCACAACGGCAACAAUUAUUUCGGAUACUGAUUAAUGAUUAUUUUAAGAGUUUCAUUACAGUAAAUUCAAUAAUAUACGAGCUUUUAUAGCUGUGAGCAGUGAGAGGGUUAUUUUUCUAGUUUCACUUUUAUUUCUCGCUUAAAGUGGAUCCUCCAGUCAUGCUUAUCAAUGGAAUACCUGAUACCAUUUUGGAUGAUUCUCUGAUGCGUUUCCUGCUGGAAUUGGAUUCCGAGGAAAUGAAGGACUUUGUGCGCGUCUUCUUCAAAAUCGAAGAAGCCCACUGGUUCUAUCUGGAUCAUUACUGCGACAAUAAUCCCCUGCUUCCACGCGUGGGAACGCGCGAAUUCUGUGAGAUCGCCUGCCGUCACGUGCCAUUUUUGCACAAAUUCGUGGAGUAUCUGGAUGAUCACUGGAAAGCGUGGAAGCAGUAUAAAGCCAAUAUUCCCACUGCUGGAGCCAUCUUACUGGAUGAAACACUUGAUUAUGUGCUUGUUCUUGAGAAUUUUAAUCGCCGUUUCGGAUUUCCCAAAGGCAAGAAGAACAACAACGAAACCAUGCAGGAAUGUGCGGUGCGCGAAGUGCUGGAGGAGACAGGCUACGAUAUAUCGGAUAAAAUAACUCCAGACGAGUAUUUGGAGCUCUCCUGUGAUGACAUGUUUGUGCAGUUGUUCAUUGUGCACGGCGUAUCUAAAGACACUGCUUUCUCACCGAUGACGAGAGGUGAAGUCAAGGCUUUAGAAUGGAUGCCUGUCAAAGACUUGCCUGGAGCAACUGGUCCACAGACAACUGCUAACUCCAAAUACAAAGCUCAAGCCUACUUCAUGAUCCGGCCUUUUAUUAAUCCUCUGAAGCGAUGGAUCGAGAUGAACAGAAGAGUGAUAUUAGGAACGCCGUCCCCGUCAAGUCAGGAAUCUCCACAGCAUCAGGCUGCUCCCAGUUCAACAGCGUCCCGGAAGAUAUUAGAAGUGCCUUUAUCUGUACAGAAACACGCGGCCUUUGGACAGAAAUCUCCCCGCCACUCUGGGCCUGAGUCGAUGAUUCCACCGACAGCGGAACUGGAUGAUGCUGAUGGAACAGUGCCAGUUUACACAUCUCCCUCGAAGAUGCGCUACCCUUUUAUUGAGUUCGAGGACUUCGUACCACAGGCUUGGAAACCCGGCAGCAUUAAGAUCGAUCCCAGUGUAUUGCGGAAUGGGUAUUGAUUUGUUAAAGAACGGGAAGAAAUCAUUGUUCAGGGAACUUCAGGCUGAGAGAUGUUGCAAAAUGCAGUUUGAAGUUGGUGUGAUUUACGUUAUUAUUGUUUCUACAAGAUUUUGGCGUUCUGUUUUCGUUAUUGCGGUGUUGUUGCUGUUUAGCUAAUAGUUUUUUGUUCUUAAGUGCGGUUUGCGAAUUCGGUUAACGGUUUGCUGUUUGAAAGCCACUGUGGCCAGUUAAGUUCGAAUUUAUGACUUCGUGUGUUUUGCGAUCUGAUUGGAUAAUAAUGUUGGUGAGUUGGUUGUUAGAUAUUUGCUUGAAAUGAAUCUUGCUGUUUCUAACGUUCUGGUACCGGUUGUCUUUGGUGCCAGCAACAGAGAAUUUUGCCAGCUUUUGUGAUUGAAGAAACUCUGACUG